AUGGAUACAAGAAACUUAAGAUUAUUUAUUAUAGAGGCCAAAGAUUUGAUUGCUGCCGAUAAUGGCACAUCAUCAGACCCAUAUGCAAUAUUAAAGUUUAAUGGCGACAAGUUUAAAACUGAAGUAGUCAAAAAGUCAUUGGCACCACAAUGGAACUAUACUGUAGACUUAGUUGUAAAUGAAUAUUCAAGUUUCCAAAUUGAAGUUUUCGAUUGGGAUAGAAUUGGAGCACAUGAUAAAUUGGGUUUUGUUAACUUUGAUUUAGCAACAUUAAGAAACUCAUCACUUUCAGGACAAAAUGAUAUGUGGUUAGCAUUGGAUAAGAAAGGUUUUGUAAGAGUUAGUUUCCAAUUCACUCCACCAUUCCAAACAACCAUAGCUGCACCAGGUGCACCAGUUCAACAAAUGACUAUUGGUCAACAACCACCACCACCACAAAUGAGUUUUGUUCAACAACCACCACCAACAAUGAUGACAUCAGCAGGAUUAUUACCACCACCAGUUUACUAUGACCCAAUUUAUUUGCAAACUAUACCAACUGCAUUAAAAGCAGAGUUUUUAUUACCAGGUGAAAUGUAUCAAAAGAAAUAUUAUGUCACUGGUGAGCCAGUCAAUGCAUCGUUGGUUCUUUAUGUACACCAACCAAUUGUAGUUAGAAGUUUGUUUGUUGGUUUAAAGGGUAAAAUCUCAUUCCGUGGCAAAAAACACAGAGAGUUAAUUCAAGAUCAUCGUAAUCUUUUACAAACUACUGGUUUGGCUAAUACCAAGGUUUCAUUGGGUGUCGGUAAACACAUCUAUCCAUUUGAGUUCUUUAUCCCAAAGAACUGCAACUCAUCUAUCGAAAUUUCAAACUAUGUUGUUCAAUACAAGUUCGUUUUUAAUGCUGAUAUCGUCAAUUCACCAGAUAUUGAAAUUACCAAGGUUAUUAAUGUUGUUAACAUUGAAGACACCAUUCAUAGAGUUACCAAGAAACCAAUUCAAGAGAGAACCAGCAAAUCACCACUUACUGGAGGUUCCAUCGAGCUCUGUAUCCAAGCACCCAAAGACUCAUACUUCCCAGGUGAGGACAUUGAAUUAACUUGCACUGUCACUAAUAAUAGUAAAAAGAAAAUUAAGAAGCUCGAUUUGGAGCUUUUAAGAACCGAUACACUCGAUGGCGACAAAUCAUUACCAUACCAAAUUGUAAAAACAAACAAAAACUUCUAUCCAAAGGUUAAACAAAACCAAACUACUACCCAAGUAAUGGUUGUCGAAACUCCAGCCAAUAUGGUUAACACUCUUUAUCAAUCUGGUUUAAUUAAAAUUGAAUAUAAGAUUCGUGCAGUUUUAGAUUUACCAAAUUGUGUAGAUCUUGCACUUAACGUUCCAAUUAAUAUUGUAUUAGCCGACCCAAAGAGAGAGAUCCCACCAUCACCACUCAACGAAUUAGCAGCCAUUCCACGUUACAUCAAAGACUGGUCUGCUAGAAAUUUCCAAUCAUGGUUACUUUUCCGUAUGAAUUGUCCAGAGGUCAUCACCAACAACCCAGAGUUCUAUUUAUACUGCUUAGCCGGCAGUGAACUCUUAUCCAUCAACGAUCAAAUUCUUGUCGAAAAAGUAUUAAGAGGUGCUGGUGCUCGUUUAGAAGAAAUCCACAAAUCAAUUAGAAAUGAAAUUGAUAAAAUUUUAGUUUUAAGAGUAAUGUUAAAAGAUAAUCAAUUAUCAUCAUACAUCGAACAUUUCGAAGAUCACUCCAUUACUGUCGAUUUAUUGAACGAUAUUUCCACAAUGGAUUUAAUGAAAAUUACUGAAAUUAUUGGUGACAGAAUUAGAUUGGAAAAAAUGUUAAAAGCUUGGAGAUCACAACAACAACAAUAA